AUGUCACUAUAUGAUGAUGAAUUACUAGAACCAAAUAAAGAUGGUACUACAAAAGUUGGAGCUUGGUCAGAUUCAAUUAAAUUACUUCAAGGACCAAUUCAUGCAAAAAAAUUUCAUCAACAACAACAACUUAAAAAAGAUCUAACUAAAAAUGUUGUUGGACCUGUAGCUGAUCUACGUAAAAAACGAGCACCACCAUUACCACGUCAUCCAAAUGCUGAAGUUACAUUUAAUAGUAUUACUGGAAAGAUGGAAUUACGUGAUAAUAAUUCACAACAACAAGAUUCUAGUGGACCAUCACCUUCAGUAACAGCAUUAAUUCAAAAUAUAACUUCAAAUAUAUCAGUAUUUGGUUAUACAGAUGAAUAUGAUCCAUUAAAACCAAAUGAUUAUGAAAAAUUAAAAGAACAACGUAAACGUGAACAAUAUCAACGUGAUCGUGAUAUUGAACGUCAACGACGUACUGAAGAUGAACAACGAGGUUUAUAUGAUGAUGAUUAUGAAAAUGAUGAUAAUAACAAUGAUUAUAAUCGUGAAUCAAGUGAUCGACCAAUACGAAAAGGAAAUGUUUUUGCACCACCAUCAUCAUUAAUCGAAGAAGAUAGAAGAGCUAGUAAUAAUAAUCAAAAUGAAUCAGAUACGAAAGAUGAUUAUUCAUCAAUACCUCCAUCAAAUUCAGAUGAACGUAUUGAAGAUAUGGAAACAGAAAGUGCAGGACCAAAUCUUAGUUUUGGAUCUGCUAAAGGUGCAGCUGCUGUUGCUAAAAUGAUGGCUAAAAUGGGUUAUCGAGAAGGUCAAGGUCUUGGUAAAUCUCAACAAGGUAUGAGUUCAGCAUUAAUUGUUGAAAAAACAAGUAAACGUGGUGGCAAAAUUGUACAUGAAAAAGAAUUCCCAAAUAAAGAUACAAUUUUACUUCCACCACCACCACCUCCUCCUCCACCAACAAUAGCAUCUCCUUCCAUUAUUAUUCCAAAAGGUGAUUCCGGUAUAAAUAUAGCUGAUGAAUUAAAAGGAGCAACGAAAGUUAUUUUACUUAAAAAUAUGGUUGGUCCUGGUGAAGUUGAUGAUUUACUUGAUAGUGAAACAAAAGAAGAAUGUCAAAAAUAUGGUGAAGUUGAAAAAUGUCUUAUAUAUGAAAUUCCUGAAGCACCUGAAGAUGAAGCUGUACGAAUAUUUGUUGAAUUUAAACGAGUUGAAUCAGCUAUUAAAGCUGUUGUCGCUAUGAAUGGACGAUAUUUUGGUGGACGUGUUGUUAAAGCAAAAUUUUACAAUUUUGAUAAAUUUCGUCAAUUUGAUUUGGCUGAUGAUUCUUGA